AAACGGCCCAAAUGGUUUUCCGGGUUGAUGGAUGUGUUGGUUUCUGACUGUUGAACUGUAGUUAUCUAGGACUGUUCUUCAGGAUGCUGCUGGUUUUGUCCGAGGACCAUAAAGAGCAUCUCUCCUUCCUGCCGAAGGUUGAUACCGCAGUGGUUGGAGAGUUUGGUCGGAUAGCGUUGGAGUUCUUAAGGAGAGGAACCAGUCCCAAGAUCUAUGAGGGAGCAGCAAGAAAACUAUCUGUUCCUGUGGAAAUGGUGCAGCAUGGAGUGGAAGGCCUGAUGUUCCUGAUGACAGAGAGCUCCAAACACAUGAUCUCUGAAGUGGACUUUCUGGACUCAGUGUUGGUUUUGGGGUUUGGUGAAGAGCUUAACCAGAUCCUCUUACAGCUCUACCUGCAACACCACAAACAGAUCCGCAGCAUCUUGAGUCAGCUGCCCUCCAACCUGCCCGCCUACCAAAACCUGGAAUGGAGACUGGAUGUACAGUUGGCAAGUCGUUCACUCCGUCAGCAGGUCAUUCCCAUGCUGACGAUACGUCUGCUCCUGACGGGAGGUUGUGACAGCCGUGAUGACCACAGCAGAAUGGUUCUCCAGACAGACCCCAGCACCCUGCUGCACCUCAUCUCCACACUGGAGGCCGCUCUGGCUGCCAUGAAAACCAGUCAUGCUCGCCGCAUAUGUCGCAACAUCAAAUAACCCCCCAGGUCACUUUCUGUGUAACGUGUGCCUCCUGCCACCUGUGGAACAUCACAUCACUGCCUCCAUACCUGGAUACAAUAAGCAGUGUCUCUCUGCUCUGCAGUGCAGUGUUGAUCUGGUCCUGGAUCAAAAACUAGGUUUUUGCCCAUCUGUCUGGCAAAUCGUCAUCACUUUUUUACCCUUGAGUCACAAUGCGUGCCGGAUGGUAUUGACUAUAUUGUAUAUAAUGUUUCUACAGUACUGCUGAUAUUGUAUUAAAGUGUAAAAUGGAGAUGAAA